CGCCGAAACUUGAAGGAACUCACCUGGCUGGUUAAAGGACGAGCAGUAGAACAGACACGUCCACGUCAGGAGAAAAAAGAAAAAGAAAAAGAAAACAAACUUCAAACAAUGUGACAACAACGACCUGUUGUCUUUGAGGAAUUGUCUUUUUUUAACCCGCAUCUGGGACGUUGGACAGUGCGUUUUUAUUAUCAAAAGUUAUAGUUUAUAGGCAUUUCCGGGUUUGAAAUUCUCCCAGGAUUACACCACUCCUAUUAGGCACUGGGAGUUGGAAGCAAACCAGCAUGGACAUUGAGCUCCAGCCCAUCGGGGAGAAUGGGAACGAUGGAGCAGCAUAUUCUUUUAAUGAACGGGCCAGGGCAGGUAAUGGAGAUGGUCCCUACAGGAUCCCUGAUGCAACAGAGAGCGACGGGUUGCUUUCUGCACAGACUACCAGUAGUAAUGGGGAGAAGGUGCCCUUUGGUCAUGGAGCUGAAACUCAAAGGACUCUGGGAAACACAUCCAUUACUCAAGUGAUAAGCUCGGUGUGCAAGAUAAGAAGAAAGAGGCUCAGACUAUGGGGGAUCAUCGUCCUUAUCGUUCUCCUCAUCAUUGCUGUGGUUUUCAUUUCACUGGCUGUGUGCGCAGCGGUCCAUAAGGACGUGGAUGAGAACUUCGACAGUUCCUUGUUCAAAGUUCCUCGGUCUUUCAAUGGGAGCUUCCAAAUGCCCAAUCAGGUCUUCACAGAGGAACUAUUCUCAAUUUCCUCCAAUGAAAGCCAAGAACUCGCUGCUAACCUUACAGAAAAGCUGGCUGACCUCUACAGAUCCUCUCCUGCUCUGGGACGAUACUUCUCCAAAGCUGAGAUACAAGCUUUCAGGAACGGGUCAGUCAUCGCUGAUUACCAGCUGACAUUUCUCAUGCCUGAAGAGCAGCAGGAUCAGCUGAGAAACACAACCCUGAGCAGGGAGAUGGUGUUCAACGUGUUCAGACAGUUCCUAUACGACCAGGAGGGGGAUGAGUCGGGGCAGACCUACAUUGAUCCAGUUUCCUUAAACAUGUUUUUAAGACACUAGGAAAACUGGUGUAUCUUGCUUUCUUUCUCACUGAAGUGAGACACUCCUACAGCGAGGGGGUUGUUUGUGUCAGACUGCAUGUGUGAUUCUCCCACGAGUCUGCAGAAAUUUUGCAUUGUGAUGCAUCUUUACCACAGGAACCCACAGUCACACAAAAGUCAUUGUGGUUACAGGUCAUAUGGACGAUCUCAUUGUGUAUUCUAUUUAAUAAGCUUUUAAGACUGUUCAUAAUUCAAUCAGUCAACAGUGACCUCUCAGGACUCAAAAUGGACAUAUACUGGAUUUACUCACCAUAGUGUCAACAAAAAUAAGGAAGGAAAUACAUUUUUCCAUAUUGCAUUUGAGUUUUUAUUACUGUGCCUUGUUUAACUUCCACUGUAAAUGUCGGUGCUGUAAAUAUUUAUUCAUUCCCUGACUAUCACUGCCAUUUCAUGUAUGAUCACUUUUACACAACUGUCUGAAAUUGUUAUUUUUAAAUACAAAUACAAGUGUUUAUAUUUGCAUAUCUGUGCCAAUAUUUCCCAUCACCAGACAUUAUUUGCAAACCAAAGCUGUGGAACAUUUGCCUAUCGGGCAACAAACACUGCAGAGAACUGUACAGGAAAAUGAGCCUGCUGGUGAGAUCAUUUUGUAAGUGAAGGUUAAACACGGCCAUAAUAAAACGCUGUAUUUUGGAUGCUCUUUGUGGUUGAAAAGUAGAGUGAGUGCAUGUGAAACAUGCUAGUUACGAUUUCCUUUUUUGUCUCUCUGGUUGUUGCAACACUGGUGACUUAUCACAUGUACAGUACAGAGCUGUGUGUCAGUAUGAGAUCGCAGUCUGUUUACGGGCAGCGAUCAUGUCAACAUGUCCUUCUAAUGAGAUUACAGCUGUCAUUAAUGUUUGUGGCAGAGUAUCUGGUCUCACACAGACAUUCUUCACAUGCAAUAGAGGGUUAUUAUAGACCUUCCCUCAGCUGUUUUUUAUUCUCCAUACAAGACUUCAUCGAAACAGCUUAGGUUUGAGUAAACUUUUUUUCUCACUUCAUUUUUAUGGUAAAAACUCACCUGGUUAAGGUU